AUGGCAGACAAAGAACCAAUCGUAACCCACGUCUUCACCGCCGACCCCUCAGCCCACGUCUUCAAUGGCAAACUCUACGUCUACCCCUCGCACGACCGCGAGACGGACAUCGCCGACAACGACAACGGCGACCAAUACGACAUGAACGACUACCACGUCUUCAGCAUGGAACAAGUCGGCGGGCCCGUCACCGACCACGGCGUAGCCCUCAAGCAAGAAGACAUUCCCUGGGUGCAAAAACAACUCUGGGCCCCUGACGCCGCAUCCAAAAACGGGAAAUACUAUCUCUUCUUCCCCGCCCGCGAUAAGGACGGUAUUUUCCGUGUGGGUGUUGCGAGCGGCGAUAAGCCAGAGGGCCCGUUCAAGCCGGAGGCUGAACCUAUCAAGGGUAGUUUCAGUAUUGAUCCGGCGAGUUUUGUGGAUGAGGAUGGGAGUGCGUAUUUGUAUUUUGGCGGGAUUUGGGGUGGGCAGUUGCAGUGUUGGAAGACGGGGGAGUUUGUCCGCGAGGACUAUGAGACUAUGGAGGCGUCGUCUGGACCGGCGCUCUGCGCGAAAGUAGCGAAACUGUCGGAUGAUAUGACGACUUUCACUUCGGAGGUUAAGGAUGUUGUUAUCCUUGAUGAGGCGGGUCAGCCUAUCCAGGCGGAGGAUCACGACAGGAGGUUCUUUGAGGCGGCGUGGAUGCACAAGUAUGGCGGGAAGUACUACUUCUCGUACUCGACGGGCGACACGCAUUUCCUUUGCUAUGCGAUUGGAGAGAGCCCGCUUGGACCGUUUACCUACGGGGGAAGGAUCUUGGAGCCGGUGAUUGGGUGGACGACGCAUCACAGUAUUGCGGAGUUCAAGGGGAAGUGGUAUUUGUUUUACCAUGAUAGUAGUUUGAGCAAGGGGGUUAACCAUCUGCGGUGUGUUAAGAUUAGGGAGAUUGUUUAUGAUGAGCAGGGCAAGAUUAAGCUUGCGGAGAGUCAGCCGAAGGUUAUGUAA